AUGGCGUGGUUCACCGCAAGCUCUGCUCAGAUGCUUGUCUCGAUCAUCAUAAGUUUACUAUUACUAAAGUGCCAGGCCCUCUACGCCUCCUGCCCGCCUGGCUGGCUGAAAUGGCAGCAAUCUUGCUACAUCCGACUCCCUAACAGGAUGAAUUGGUUUGAGGCAUCGGAGGCUUGCAACCGGCCGGGAAGCAGCCUCUUCGUACCAAACUCGCGGGAAGAAAACGACGCCAUCUGGCAGUCACUUGGGAUACAGACUGGCGGUAUGUGGAUCGGCUGUACGGAUGCGGCCCAAGAGGGUAUCUGGCUGUGCGGAGGUCAACCUCUGUCUUUUCCAAAUUGGAAUCCUGGCAAUCCGCACACCGACAACCAGCGUAACUGCGCCCGAAUGACUGUGAACCGUGGCGGGGGCUCGUGGUCUGACAGCGUUCCUUGCGGUAGCAGAAACCGCAAACAUGCAGCCUGUGAGAUGACGGUCUCUGCGAUGCCAGCCUACCACAUCUUCACUGGUCCUGAUGGGCGUGUCUCCCAACGAUGCCUCCUCAAUCACGACAUCAAGAAACUGGCGGCAGAGGGCUUGCUUGCCUGCGGCUGGGCGUGCCGGGCCGAUCCCCGAUGCCGCUCCUUUAAUCUCUGGCAGAUCAGCAAGAGAGAAAAGAUGUGUCAACUUAAUGACGUCACUCGUUUUGGGGCUGAUUGCAACGACUUCAAAGCAAUCGACAAAUGCUAUUACUUUGACCUGUAAAAUAGGGAGAUUUGAGCAGCUUCGACCGUGUUGUCGCAUUGCUGGGGACAAAAAUUGACAUACAAGAACAAUUGGCAGAAUGACCGCUACUUUCACUAAAUUUAAAU